CUAUGUGUCCUUGCCGACCCUGGACACCCAGGCGACAAUGGCAGAACUGCCCUCCACAGAGAUGCCUGGGGACGCUACUUUGUGUAGCGGGCGCUUCACCAUCAGCACGCUGCUGAGCAGUGAUGAGCCGUCUCCACCAGCUGCCUGUGACAGCAGCCACCCCAGCCACCUGAGCCACGGCAGCACCUUCUGCAUGCGUACCUUCGGCUACAACACGAUCGAUGUGGUGCCCGCGUAUGAGCACUAUGCCAACAGCACCCAGCCUGGGGAGCCCCGGAAGGUCCGGCCCACACUGGCCGACCUGCACUCCUUCCUCAAGGAAGGCAGACACCUGCACGCCCUGGCCUUUGACAGCCGGCCCAGUCACGAGAUGACUGAUGGGCUGGUGGAGGACGAGGCAGGCACCAGCAGCGAGAAGAAUCCCGAGGAGCCCGUGCGCUUCGGCUGGGUCAAGGGGGUGAUGAUUCGUUGCAUGCUCAACAUCUGGGGCGUGAUCCUCUACCUGCGGCUGCCCUGGAUUACGGCCCAGGCAGGCAUCGUCCUGACCUGGAUCAUCAUCCUGCUGUCGGUCACAGUGACCUCCAUCACAGGCCUCUCCAUCUCGGCUAUCUCCACCAACGGCAAGGUCAAGUCAGGUGGCACCUACUUCCUUAUCUCCCGGAGUCUGGGCCCAGAGCUUGGGGGCUCCAUCGGCCUCAUUUUCGCUUUCGCCAAUGCUGUGGGUGUGGCCAUGCACACCGUGGGCUUUGCAGAGACUGUGCGGGACCUGCUCCAGGAGUAUGGGGCACCCAUUGUGGACCCCAUUAAUGACAUCCGCAUCAUUGGCGUGGUCUCCGUCACUGUGCUGCUGGCCAUCUCCCUGGCCGGCAUGGAGUGGGAGUCCAAGGCCCAGGUGCUGUUCUUCCUUGUCAUCAUGGUCUCCUUUGCCAACUACUUGGUGGGGACGCUGAUCCCCCCAUCUGAGGACAAGGCCUCCAAAGGCUUCUUCAGCUACCGGGCGGACAUUUUUGUCCAGAACUUGGUGCCUGACUGGCGGGGUCCAGAUGGCACCUUCUUUGGAAUGUUCUCCAUCUUCUUCCCCUCGGCCACAGGCAUCCUGGCAGGGGCCAACAUAUCCGGUGACCUCAAGGACCCUGCUGUAGCCAUCCCCAAGGGAACCCUCAUGGCCAUUUUCUGGACCACCAUUUCCUACCUGGCCAUCUCAGCCACCAUUGGCUCCUGCAUGGUUCGUGAUGCCUCUGGGGUCCUGAAUGACACGGUGACCCCUGGCUGGGGUGCCUGCGAGGGGCUGGCCUGUGGCUAUGGCUGGAACUUCACCGAGUGCACCCAGCAGCACAGCUGCCGCUAUGGCCUCAUCAACUAUUACCAGACCAUGAGCAUGGUGUCAGGCUUCGCGCCCCUGAUCACAGCUGGCAUCUUCGGGGCCACCCUCUCCUCCGCCCUGGCCUGCCUUGUCUCUGCUGCCAAAGUCUUCCAGUGCCUUUGCGAGGACCAGCUGUACCCACUGAUCGGCUUCUUCGGCAAAGGCUACGGCAAGAACAAGGAGCCCGUGCGCGGCUACCUGCUGGCCUACGCCAUCGCCGUGGCCUUCAUCAUCAUCGCUGAGCUCAACACCAUAGCCCCCAUCAUUUCCAACUUCUUCCUCUGCUCCUAUGCCCUCAUCAACUUCAGCUGCUUCCACGCCUCCAUCACCAACUCGCCUGGGUGGAGACCUUCAUUCCAGUACUACAACAAGUGGGCGGCGCUGUUUGGGGCUAUCAUCUCCGUGGUCAUCAUGUUCCUCCUCACCUGGUGGGCGGCCCUCAUCGCCAUCGGUGUGGUGCUCUUCCUCCUGCUCUAUGUGAUCUACAAGAAGCCAGAGGUAAAUUGGGGCUCCUCGGUACAGGCCGGCUCCUACAACCUGGCCCUGAGCUACUCAGUGGGCCUCAAUGAGGUGGAAGACCACAUCAAGAACUACCGCCCCCAGUGCCUGGUGCUCACGGGGCCCCCCAACUUCCGCCCGGCCCUCGUGGACUUUGUGGGCACCUUCACCCGGAACCUCAGCCUGAUGAUCUGCGGCCAUGUGCUCAUCGGACCCCACAAGCAGAGGAUGCCUGAGCUCCAGCUCAUCGCCAGCGGGCAUACCAAGUGGCUGAACAAGAGGAAGAUCAAGGCCUUCUACUCGGAUGUCAUUGCCGAGGACCUCCGCAAAGGUGUCCAGAUCCUCAUGCAGGCCUCAGGUCUCGGGAGAAUGAAGCCCAACAUUCUGGUGGUCGGAUUCAAGAAGAACUGGCAGUCGGCCCACCCAGCCACAGUGGAAAACUACAUUGGCAUCCUCCACGAUGCCUUUGAUUUCAACUAUGGUGUGUGUGUCAUGAGGAUGCGGGAGGGACUCAAUGUGUCCAAGAUGAUGCAGGCACACAUUAACCCCGUGUUUGACCCAGCGGAGGACGGGAAGGAAGCCAGCGCCAGAGAGAACCCAUGUUCAGCAUCAGAAGGGGUGUUGGUGGGGUCCUGGGCCAGGCCUGCCAGGAUGCGCGGCAGCUGGCUCUGCUCUGACCCGUCCCCACCUCCUGCAGUGGAUCCCAAGGCCCUGGUGCAGGAGGAGCAGGCCACCACUGUCUUCCAGUCGGAGCAAGGCAAGAAGACCAUCGACAUUUACUGGCUCUUUGACGACGGAGGCCUCACCCUCCUCAUUCCCUAUCUCCUUGGCCGCAAGAAGAGGUGGAGCAAAUGUAAGAUCCGUGUGUUCGUAGGCGGCCAGAUUAACAGAAUGGACCAGCAGAGAAAGGCGAUCAUUUCUCUGCUGAGCAAGUUCCGACUGGGAUUCCAUGAAGUCCACAUCCUCCCUGACAUCAACCAGAACCCUCGGGCUGAGCACACCAAGAGGUUUGAGGACAUGAUUGCACCCUUCCGUCUGAAUGAUGGCUUCAAGGAUGAGGCCACUGUCAACGAGAUGCGGCGGGACUGCCCCUGGAAGAUCUCAGAUGAGGAGAUGAGGAAGAACAGAGUCAAGUCCCUUCGGCAGGUGAGGCUGAAUGAGAUUCUGCUGGAUUACUCCCGAGACGCUGCUCUCAUCGUCAUCACUUUGCCCAUAGGGAGGAAGGGGGAGUGCCCCAGCUCUCUGUACAUGGCGUGGCUGGAGACCCUGUCCCAGGACCUCAGACCUCCAGUCAUCCUGAUCCGAGGAAACCAGGAAAACGUGCUCACCUUUUACUGCCAGUAACUCCAGGCUUGGCCAUCCCUGUCCACGGCUCUGGGUGCGUGGGAUGAGUUGGAACUCGGCUGCCUCCAGUCCACAGGGAUGAGACUCAUGUUGUGUUGCACUUUAAGUGGCAGCAUCUGAUGAUCUCACUGAAAAAGAUGGUAGAUUUCCAAAUCUGGCUGGACUCCACUUCCAUGGGACACAUUCUCUGGGUCUUGAUUUUAUGGGCUAGAGAAACAGCAGAUGGAGCUGCAAGGAAAACUCUCUAAAGGAUCCUAUUCCUUUUAAACACUUUCUUUUGAUUUUGAUGACCAUUAAUUAAGAGUUCAGUCUUUGAUUUGUAUGCAAAUUGGAGUCUAAAUGCUGGGUGUGAAUCUUGACAGUUUCUACAGACCUUCCUGGGUGAAAGUUCCUAAACCAUGCCCUGCUUCCUCCAGUAGGAGAAUGGCAGCCCCACCUGUAGGACCUACAGGUUCUCUAAGGAAUGCAGGGCUCUCUCUGAGCCUCCACAGCCAGGCUUUUUUUUUUUUUUUUUUUUUUUUUUGAGAUGGAGUUUUUUUUCUCUUGUCGCCCAGGCUGGGGUAUAAUGGCACGAUCUCAGGUCACUGCAACCUCUGCCUCCCGGGUUCAAGCAUUUCUUCUGCCUCAGCCUCCCGAGUAGCUGGGAUUACAGCAACUGCCACCACGCCCAGCUAAUUUUUGUAUUUUUAGUAGAGACGGGGUUUCACCAUGUUGACCAGGCUGGUCUCGAACUCCUGACCUCAGGUGAUCCACCCGCCUCAGUCUCUCAAAGUGCUGGGGUUACAGGCCUGAGCCACUGUGCCCGGCCCAGGCAAAUUUCUCACUCCUGUCACCUUCAAUAAUGGGUCUUUGAUAUCUUCAUUGGUUCUUUAGACGAGGGACUUUUUGAACUUUUUUGGUUGCAACCCACAGUAAGAAAUAUAUUUCACACUGAGACUUGCAACGCACACACACAGAAAUGGCGAAAACAAAAAUGUCACAAAACAAUACUUACCCUUCCCUGGGGGACGUCCUCCAGUAUGUUCUGUUCUAUUUAUUUUUCACUGUUGGUUACAAUCCAAUAAAAUGACUUUGGGAUCCACUCAUGGGUGGGGACCCACACAUUUGAAAGGCAUGGCCACCUUUCUGUUGUGCCCUGCAUUUGUCCACACACAGGGAGUCCAGCUGAGCUGGGUGUCAUUGCCAUUUUCCCAGCUCAUCUUACGGGGAAGAAAAGCAGAUUGACAGAACACAUGAGGAGGGGUAUUGGUGGCAGGAGAGUCAAAAAAGCGUUUUAAAGAAGGGGCAAGGUUGAAGGAGUCUAGUGGCAAGGGGUAAGGUUUCAGGCAUGGUUAAGAACAGAGGACAAGGAUGUUAAGAACAGAGGGGUGUAGAGAUGGCAAGGUUGGCAAGGAUCAGAAAGGCAGGAGCAGGUCCAAGCCAGCCCAAAACCAGGUGAAAGGAGAGGGGAGGAGGAGCCACCUGCAAGAGAUGGAAAGAGCAGGCGGUAGAGGGGGCUGGCAGGGAGGGGCUGUUAAGAGUGGGGUUGGAGGUGGGAGAGAAGCUGGGACAAGGGAGAUGGAGAAAGGACCUAUACCUGGCUCACAGAAGGCAUUCAGGUCACGACACAUUGAACAUCCCCAGUGUUUGAGCCCCCAAAGCUAGGGUGCAAGAGCACUGGCAUCGAAUGCCAGUGGGUGAGGCCGAGCGAAAGGGUAUUUGCAGCUCUAGACAUAACCAAGAAGCAUAAAGGUGAGUCGUUUGGUGGUACGACUGCCUGUGCCUUCUUCCGAUGGCUCUGGGGUGGCUGAAGGAACAGACACCUUUGGGUUUCGUCAGCCUCCUCCAAGACUGCUGCAGUGCCUACACUUUAGACUUCAGAAGGAGACUAAAGACCUGUAGAAUUUAGAAGGAGAUCUGAAGUCUCCUUUUUGGAGUUACAACCCAAAGGAUGUUAGCAUUUCUCAGGUCAUCCCACUGCAAAGCCCAGAAGGCUUGGGCCUCCCAGGCUGUUCUAAAGCCCCACUGUCUGACUGCCUUAGGGCCUGCUGCGAGGGACUGGGGCCUGGCCAAGCUGACUGGGAACAGCUCUCCUGCUCCGAGGGACCUGGAGGAUGGGCCUGCCUCCGAGCCAUUGAGCUGGACCCUGGGACAGUUCUUAACUCCAGAUAAGGGGAAGCAUCCAUUAGGGAAUGUUGGCCUUUCUAGAGCCACAUGGAAAACAAUUUUCUGGUUCUUCAAACCUCAAGGAGUCCUUGGUCCAAAAAACAGAGAAUGUUUUGGCUUUGGGUGUCAAAAAAAAAAAAAAAAUUCAUGAUGUCAGAAAUACUAUGUUUUUAACAAUAAUAAUAGCUUUGUUAAAAAAAAAAAAAAAGCUUUAACAGCGAGGCCAUAAACAAUGAAAUGAAUAAACACUAUGGUCACUCAGUCAACGGAA